ACUCACAUUUUAUGCCACUCUUUUAAACUCAUCAAUCCCAUUUUACAACAUUCCCUCCACAUUCUCUUGCUCUUUCUUUAAUUUCCUACACCACUUUAUUUAUUUAUUUAUUUAUUUUCCUUGUCAAAUUAUAAAUUAAUAAUGUCAAAGAAGAAAUUCAUCCUUUCAAUUCUCCUUAUAUUCUUGCUACAUUGUUCAGUCUACCAUAGAUUAUGCCAUGGAAGAGCUCAUCAUAAGAGUGAUCAUCAUACUAAGCAUGGUAGAGUUCAUCAUGUAAAGCAACAUCGAAAGCCGAACCCAAAACAAUUAACCAUUAAUAUGACACAAACAUACAACUCGGAAAAGCAGUUUAUGAAGUGGGUUAAUUUUGUUGGUAGCCUUAAACAUACACUUUUCAAAACAGCUAAGAAUAAGCUCUUCCCUUCUUACACUUUGACUGUUAGUAAAAACGCUGUUACUGGUGAUUUUACUACUAUUCAAGAUGCUAUUGAUUCUCUUCCCGCCAUUAAUCUUGUUCGUGUUAUCAUCAAGGUUAAAGCUGGAACUUACUCGGAGAAGGUGAUCAUACCAAUACUAAAGUCUUUUAUAACCAUACAAGGGGAAGGAGCAGAUAACACAAUAGUAGAAUGGGGAGACACGGCUAAAACGAUUGGACCUAAUGGAAGACCUUUAGGGACUUAUGGUUCAGCCACGUUUGCGGUUAAUUCUCUUUAUUUCAUGGCCAAAAACAUCACCUUCAAGAAUACGACCCCGGUACCGCAACCAGGAGCACAAGGGGUGCAGGCAGUGGCAUUUAGAAUAUCAGCAGAUACGGCAGCGUUUGUGGGGUGUAAGUUUUUAGGAGCACAAGACACUCUUUAUGAUCAUAUUGGGAGGCAUUAUUAUAAAGAUUGCUACAUUGAGGGCUCUGUUGAUUUCAUCUUUGGAAAUGGCCUUUCUCUUUUUGAGGGAUGUGAUGUGCAUGCAAUAGCACAAAGAUACGGGGCACUAACAGCACAAGCAAGGAGCAGCAUGUUAGAUGAUACUGGCUUCUCAUUUCUAAACUGUAAGGUCACGGGCUCUGGAGCUUUGUACCUUGGUAGGGCUUGGGGUCCCUUCUCUAGGGUCGUCUUUGCUUACACCUACAUUGACAACAUCAUCAUUCCCGCUGGCUGGUAUAAUUGGGGUGACCCUAACCGCGAAUUGACGGUGUUUUAUGGACAAUACAAGUGCACAGGUCCAGGAUCAAAUUUUGCAGGGAGAGUAGCAUGGUCUAGAGAACUUACAGACGAAGAAGCGGGGCCUUUUAUUUCGCUUAGCUUCAUUGAUGGUUCCGAAUGGAUUAAUUCUUUGUAAAAAACAUUGGCAACAUUAUUUUUUUGACUUACUAAUAAUAUUAUUAGAGUAUUAUUUGA